AUGAUUCUCAAAAAGGAAGGCGGUGAAGUUCGCAAAUUUGUAAAUAUUGUCAAGAAUAUGGCCGUUACGAAAAGAACUAUCGACCAGUCGCAAGAUUCGCAACACGUUCAUCAAUCGCGAAGAUUUUUGGUGCCCGACAGCAAUCCAAAGCAACCGAAGAAACCACGUCUGGGACCGCCCAAGCCCCGUAAACAAGCCUCAGCUUCAAGCGUCAAUGCUAUCAAAAAGAGGAUACGAGACGUUACUAGACGACUUCAAAGAUCUCACGUAGUCUCUGCAGAAACUCGCGUUGAGGAUGAAAGGGCAUUGAAUGCUUACCAACAGGAAUUGGCCGAUGCUGAGGCAGAAAAAAUACGGCAAAAGAUGAUAAGUAAAUAUCAUAUGGUUAGGUUCUUUGAGCGCCAAAAGGCAACAAGAAUCUUGAAGAAACUCAAAAAACGUGUUCAAGAAGCUGUGUCUACUGAAGAGAUUGAAUUACUAAAGAAGCGAGUCCAUGCGGCGGAAGUUGACCUCAAUUAUACCCUCUAUCAUCCUCUAAGUGAGAUGUACCUAAGUCUGUAUCCUCCAGGAACUUUACCAUCCAAUCCCGGAAAUUCAGAUGAAGAUGUUAUUCCUAAAAGGCCCCCAAUUUGGCUAGAAGUAGAACAGGCAAUGGCUGACGGAACCCUCGAAAAAUUAAGGAAUAGAGGCCCAACUGUACCAGCUGUGACGUCUAAACCAUUAGUUAAAAACCAUACAAAGACUAAACCAGAAUUGACUUCAGUGGACACAACAGGGUUAAAUCGUAGGCAAAGACGGAGCUUGCAUAGAGAUUUUCAAAAUAGAGGAAAAUUUAAGCCGGCGACGCAUACCAAGAAUAAUGCGUCUGGAACGACACCGCUCGAAGACAACGAAGAUAAUGAUGAUGGAUUCUUUGAAGUUUGA